AUGAUUUUGAAAUCUUUUAUACUAGAUAAUCUAGUAUCCUUAUGCAUGAAGAUAAUUAAUUCGGUCGUUGUGGUCGGACUCUAUUAUGGAUUUCUGACCACAUUCUCCAUAGGGCCCUCUUAUCUCUUCCUUCUCCGAGCUCGGGUUAUGGAAGAAGGAACCGAGAAGAAAGUAUCAGCAACAACUGGUUUUAUUACGGGACAGCUCAUGAUGUUCAUAUCGAUCUAUUAUGCGCCUUUGCAUCUAGCAUUGGGUAGACCUCAUACAAUAACUGUCAUAGCUCUACCCUAUCUUUUAUUUCAUUUCUUCUGCAAUAAUCACAAACACUUUUUGAAUUAUGGAUCCACUAAUCAAAAUUCAAUGCGUAAUUUUAGCAUUCAAAGGAUAUUCCUGAAUAAUCUUAUUUUUCAGUUAUUGAACCUUUUCAUUUUACCAAGUUCAAUGUUAGUCAGAUUAGUCAACAUUUAUAUGUUUCGAUGCAACAACCAAUUUUUAUUUCUAACAAGUAGUUUUGUUGGUUGGUUAAUUGGUCACAUUUUAUUCAUGAAAUGGGUUGGAUUGAUAUUAGUCUGGAUACAGAAAAAUAAUUCUAUUAAAUCUAAUGUACUUAUUCGAUCUAAUAAGUACAUUAUAUCAGAAUUGAGAAAUUUUAUGUCUCGAAUCUUUAUUAUUUUUUUAUUUAUUUCCUCAAUAUACUAUUUAUUUUUAAUAAAUCUAUAA